GAGACUGAUAGAGAGGAGGGAAGUGAUGGUAGAAAGAGAUAAAUCAUCUGUAUGACAGAGAGUUCUGGUCAGAGGAUGGAGAUCCAGGACGGAGCAGAGCUCUGUUUUCCUCAACUCCUCAACACCUCCUGCAGGAAGCCGACACCUCACCACUUUGAAGCUGUACUUCUGAACAUUGUGCUGUCGUCCAUAUCUGUGCUCACUAUUGUUCUCAACCUGCUUGUCAUCAUCUCAGUCUCCUACUUCAGGCAACUCCACACACCCACUAACAUCCUCCUGCUCUCUCUAGCUGUCUCUGACUUUCUUGUGGGCUUCGUGUUGCUGCCAGGAGAAAUUUACUUACAAACCCAAUGCUGGUUUCUUGGGGAUGUGAUGUGUUCUCUUUAUUAUUAUUUACUAUACGUUGUUUUCUGUACUUCAGUAGGAAACAUGGUGCUGAUAUCAGUUGACCGAUAUGUUGCUAUUUGUCAUCCUCUGCAUUAUCCCACCAGAGUCACUGUGACAAAAGCCAGACUGUGUGUUUUCUUGUGUUGGUUCUGUUCUGUUUGCUACAGCAAUGUUAUUACUAAAGAUUUCUUGAUUCAACCAGGCAUAUAUAAUUCCUGCUAUGGAGAAUGUAUUCUUAUUGUCAGUUAUAUUGCAGAAGUUGCUGACCUUGUUGUAAACUUUUUUGGUCCAGUUGUGACUAUUAUACUUCUAUAUAUGAGAGUAUUUGUGGUGGCUGUGUCUCAGGCUCAUGCCAUGCGCUCUCACACUGCAGCUGUCACACAUCAGCAUUCAGUGACACUAAGUACAAGGAAAUCUGAGUUGAAAGCAGCCAGGACUCUGGGUGUUAUCGUAAUUGUGUUUCUAAUAUGUUUCUGCCCAUUUUACUGUGUCUCUGUUGCAGGGAUAAGUCCUGAUACUGUAAAUCUUGUGUUUUUAAUGUUUUAUUUGAACUCCUGUCUAAACCCUCUGAUCUAUGCCCUGUUUUAUCCCUGGUUUAGAAAGGCUGUGAAACAUAUAGUGACUCUGCAGAUACUGCAGCCUGGUUCCUGUGAGGUCAGCAUGUUGACGUAAACUGUGAGAGACUGAAAAAACAGCUGCUAUACAAAGUUUAUUAAUCAGUGAAUACAGUAGUUUGGAAAAUGUUAAAGUACACUGUCUGGAGAGUUAAACAUUUACAGAAAAUUUACAAAAAAUACAAAAUCAAAGUUUUAUUUUAGCUUUAAUACAUAGAAGUAAGGUUGGGUUUACAGGUCAUCUUAUAUCAAUCAUUGCAUGUCUACUGAACUCAGAGCCCUGCCAGUCUGAACUGUACCUCUCAUAUGAAAAUACAGUGUCUUGCAGUAUGAAUGUGCAGCUGUCAAAUUUAUUAAAUCUAUGAGCUAUA